AUGGGAGACCUCGAAGGCCACGGUGUAGUGGACAAGGACUUCUCGUUCCUGAACGAGCCCUCAAUCGCGGAGGGCCAUCCGGCCGACAUCUCAUGCCUCGACACCACACUUACCAACAUCUCGAACAUUAACGACGUGUCUGCGCUCGGUGGACAAAAGCGACGAGGACCCGCAGCUACCGCCUCCACCUCUACAUCUUCAAAGAGAGAUCCAAGCAAAACGAGCCGUACGACCUCUUCUUCUGCCUCCUCUUCCGCCUCGCGUGCCCAUAAGGAAUCUCGUGAAUCUCGCCUCAACACGACAUCGCGCGAAUCUUCUGCACGCUCUACGAGUAGCUCUAGUACUGCCAAGACCACCUCCACUUCCAUGAAGGCUCCGCUAAGCAGCUCAAGAAAGGUGGGCCACACCGCGCCCUCGGCUACGAAGAAGCUGCUCGACACGACGGCGGCGGCGUCUGCCGACAAGCCCAAGCCAUCCAGGCGGCUCACCACCACAUCACACCCGACCACCAGCUCCUCCAGCUCGAGGCCCACAAAGCCCAGCACCAGCACCAGCAGCGGUACGAAACCACGCUCGACGGCAGGGAGCAGCAGCUCCAGCUCCAGCUCCGUCAAUGGAGCCACCGGUGGCGAAGCCAUGAGCGAUGCCAAGAGGCAGGCCAGCCGCAGCGCCAAGCUUGAGAAGCGACUUGCAGGCGUGGAAUCACGACCUGGAGAUCUUGUACAGCGUCCACCUGCAAUGGGUCUUUAUCAACGCUCGGGCAAGCCACGCGUUCUCAAAGCAGAAGGCAGAGGCGGAGGUACCACUCCAUCACCCCGAUGCUUCUACUACUUCUUCGACCUCACGAGAGCGUCGCAGCAACAACUCUACGCGGCCACGCAAGCGGUUGCCAAGCUGCGCGAGGAGGUCCGACGUGAACAGGCUCUGCUCGAGGGGAUCAAGUACGACCUCCACCUUGAAGAUGUCGUCAAUGCCCAGUACGCGUGCAUGCCUCUCCUGGAGGACAGCAUCGUAAAGAUCUCCCCGGCGUACAGUGAGCUGUCCACGGCCAUCGAGGCCACCACCCACCGACUCCCCACCACCGGCAUCAUCGUGCCGCCGCCUGCCGAGCUCAAUCAGGCUCUCAUUGAGGCCGAAGAGACCAUGGAUGACAUCCUCGAAGCAGUCGGCUCCCAGCUCGGCGCGCUGAGCGAGUACUCGCGGUCGACUGAGGGUCUGGUCGCGGUCCUGGGCGAAGAGCUCAAGGAGCUGAAAACGACCAAGGAGCUGCUCGUAGAGACGGACAUGCUGGAGAGCCAGAGGAGGAGCCUGCUGAUCCAGUACAUCCAAGAGCACGGCCAUCGGCCCGACGAGUGA